AUGAUCGGUUUGAAGGGUAUUUUAAAAGUAAUUGACAAUUCGGGAGCAACUCUCGCGGAAUGUAUUCGCGUUGUACGUGCUGGACAGUUCGCAUCAGUUGGAGAUGAAGUUGUUGUCGUCGUUAAAAAGUCAAGAACUGGCCCCAAUAUCGCUACUGCAAACAAAGUAAAACGAGGUGAUAUUCACCAUGCCGUCGUCGUUCGGACAAAGUUUCCUCUACGACGCGCCGAUGGACGUUAUGUUCGCUUUGAUGAUAAUGCUUGUGUCCUCGUUAAUAAGGACAGAGAGCCCAUUGGCACACGUAUCUUGAGUGUAGUCGCGAAUGAGUUGCGUAUGAAGAAUCAUACAAAACUGGCUUCUUUGGCUCCCAGAACUGUAUGA